AUGGGAUUUCGGGAUUUAUGGUUGUUUAAUAAAGCCUUAUUAGCUAAGCAAGUUUGGCGACUUUUGGCUCAACAUGGUUGUCUCUUAGCAAAGGUUUUUAAGGCACGUUAUUAUCCUCAUUCUAAUGUUUUGUCAGCUAGAAUUGGUUCAUAUCCAUCGUUUACCUGGAGAAGUAUAUGUAGUGCUAAGGAGUUGAUUAAAGACGGAUUACUCUGGCGGAUUGGUAAUGGUGAAGAUGUGAACAUUUGGAACGACCCAUGGCUGCCUGGCCCUGGAAACAAUAGAUUGUCAGUUCAGAGUAUCAGUACUACUUGGACUACUGUGGAUCAAGCUCAAGACACGUUGGUUUGGCGUCAUGACACCACUAGGGAGUACUCGAUUAAAAGUGGAUAUCGGGCUUUGCUUACAGAGAAGUCACAGUGUUCUAAGUACAAAUCAGCUGUUAUAGACAACAAUAAGAAUUUCUACAAGUUGCUUUGGGAAUUACAGCUUCCCUCUAAACUAAAAAUUUACAUGUGGAGAUUGAUUAAUGACUAUGUGCCUCAUUUCACUAAUCUACUCAAGCGGCGACUUUGUGUUGACAAUGCUUGUCCUUUGUGCAAGGAGUCUCCAGAGGAUUCUGAUCACUUAUUGUGGUACUGUGAUAUUAUACGACAACUGUGGCACUUUUUGAAUAUUCCAAUCGCUCUCAUCAGGAACACAUUGGAUUGCAAGAAUCAAGUUGCUCUUUGGUUUAAACGAAACAAGGCCGUUCACGAAGGUCUAAAGUUUUCUUUGCAGGAUAUUUUGAUGUUUGUUCAAAGGUAUACACAGGAGUUAAGGUUGAGUUAUACUACUAUUGGUCAGCCUAGCAAUAAAGGGAAAGAAAUUUGGCAACCUCCCAACCCUGGGGUUAUUAAAUUAAAUUUUGUCACCUCUUUUAAUAGUGAUUCUAAUUCUUCUAUUGCUUCUGUUAUUGCUCGAAAUGCAGAGGAUAAAAUAAUGGGUGCAUGCACUUACCCUUAUAAAGUUGUUGUAAAUGCCUUUGUUGUAGAAGCUAGGGCUUGUGAGUGGGCUAUCCUGUUUGCGAUUGCCAUGGGUUUCAGGUCGGUCCUUCUGGAAGGAGAUUCUUUAACUACUAUUAUAAAACUCAGUUCUAGUAGGGAAGAUAGAUCUAUACUCAGGCCAAUUUUACAGCAUAUUCGGAUAUUGGAAGGCCAAUUUGAGAAAGUGUCUUACUAUUUCGUUCCGCGUGGUGUUAAUAGAGCGGCUCACUCAUUGGCUAUGGAGGGGCGUGGACGAUCUUUAGCAUGCUUUUGGGUUGAAGAAAUUCCUGCUUCUGUGGAAAAAAUAGUGGAGGUGGACUGGGCUUGCUGUCUUUGUCAUCAGUAA